AUGUCUUUUGCACAUAUUAGCAAUAUUUUUUUAAGCAUUUUACUGCCUUUGUUGUUUUCUAACACAUGUGAAGCAAUCAAAUGUUUUGACUGCAACAGUAAGAAUAAUUCGGCGUGUUUAGAGAUGCAUGUUCCAAAAAUGCACGCUAUCAUACCUAUCGUCGACUGCAGAGAAUCUCUCUCCAAUGCCAUAGACAAAAGGGAAUUCUUCUGCAGAAAAAUUACACAAACAAUCUUACAUCCAGAUCAGACGCCAGAAGUCCGGAUAACUCGUGGUUGUGGCUGGGUGAGAAGCAAGAGGGAAUGCUACAAAGCUGACAAUAUGGACCACUUGGAGACAGUCUGUCAGUGCUUCGGGGACCUCUGCAAUGCGGCAACAACCCUCGAACACGUCAAAGUGACAGCUUUUGUAGCCGUUGCCACUCUUCUUGUAGCGUUUAGAACAUGGCGGGGGAACGUUUGAAAUUAGAUUUUAUAUUUUUUUCUUUAUGGGACGAUUGGAUUUCUACUCUAUAAUUUCUUAUGUCUGAUAAAUAAAAAGUUUAAGAAAAAAAAUAUGUAUUUUUAAAAAGAUUAGGAUCAGUAGUGCUAUAUAAAGUUUUAUCUAAAAGUAUUACAAAUGUAUUGUUACACUCUGGAUUACAAAAUGUUUGCAAAUAAGUUUCAAUAAUACUACUUACAUAAAUGAUAUA